AUUUGUUUUAUUGUACUUCGAAGAACAGAUUCAUGGCUUCUGUUGGAAACACACUCUGUCUCCUUGCAACUUUACUUCUAAUCUACCAGAAGACAGCCACUUGCGAUUUCCUCUCUCCUCUCCUCUCUCCCAUGUUCGAAAAUAUAUGCAAACAAGUGGAGUGUGGGAAAGGAAAAUGUAAAGCACCUUCAAAUUCAACUUUUGGGUAUGAAUGUGAGUGUGAUAAUGGUUGGAAGCAGUUAGAUCAUCACCUCAAGUUUCUACCUUGCGUCACGCCCAACUGUACCUUUGAUCUAACAUGCGGUGAAGCAGGUCCUCCAACACAGCCCAAAACGCCUCCUAAUGAUAACAAUGCCUCAAUUUUCGAUGCUUGUCAUUGGAUGGAUUGUGGAGGAGGGUUUUGCAACAAGACAAAUCCGUUUCUAUACAGAUGCAAUUGCCAUGAAGGUUACAGAAAUCUUAUGAACAUCACCACACUUCCUUGUUUCAAGCAAUGUGCACUUGGAAUGGACUGCUUGAAUCUUGGGAUCCCUUUGUCGAAAGCAUCACCAUCACCUCCACCUGCUCUACCUGACAGCAGCAAGAAUCAAGCAGCAGGAUUGAAUCUAAAAGGAUCGUCGUUUUGGUUGAUAGCAUCUCUACUAUGUGUCUCUCUAUCACCAUGGAGCCUGCUCUACAUU